ACACAUUGAGCCCGCGCUCCCUCACCUCUUGCACGUAGCUCGUAGACAUCGCGUCCGUCUUUGAAAAGCCAUACAACCACGGCGUCGCGCGUUCCGUCCACAGAAAUAAAGUCGGAUCCAGCCCGCCGGGAAACGUCACCACUUAUCUCUUUGUUAUCGGUGCAAUCAGCGGCGCUGGUUAUGAGACCACAGUUUUGACACUCUUUCCUCAUCAGGGCCAUCUCUCUUUCAAUGUAACCCAAGCGCAGGCAUUGUCACCUCACGUCCAUCGUCGCGGCAUGCCACGUUCUCCAUGUUCCCCCAAUCUACGAUGAAUCACGGAAGGUCUCCUCAACCCUCUGGUGAUUCUACGUACGGGCGGACUGAACUCCACGAGUCUCCUCCACUCCGUCCUAUCUUCACACCACCUCCAUCUACUGUGAAUAGGCCGCAGCGCAGUUCUACGACCAGACAUCCGCAAGAUUCUUCUACGUCCAUGUCCUGAUUGGCAGUCCCCUGAUCUCCAGACGUGGCCGCUCUAUCACUUGUUCAAUCUCUUCCCGCUCGUCAAAACGCUCAUCAAACUCUCCGGAGCCGGUGAAAAGAUGCCAGUUGUACGAUUGGCAUGCGACGGCUUGUUGGCGCUCUUCGGCGGCCACGAUGUGGGCUAUACAGUUUUCCGCCUUUAGACCAUUCUGCAGGAUGUUUAGACGGUUUAGCCUCUGUCAUUCGCGUGUGGGCCUGGGGCUGGUUCGAACCCAAACUCGACAUCUCUUGCCUCGGCCUUUCUUACUUUUAGCCUCACGUCAUUGCUCUGAUAGUCAUCCUACACUUCCGCUUCACAGCAACUCAGCUUGUUGACAUCGCUGGCAGAUCAAUCUCGAUUCCGGUGUCCCAAAUGAGUCUCGCGAAAUCUUAUAAAACCCUACAGACUACCAGGCCGCUAUCUUCAUCCCUGUCUCGACAUCUGUCCUCUCAGACCAAUGUACCCAGUUCUCUCGCUACUUGCAGCCUCUCUUGUCCUCCCGGCUUUUGGCGCUCCCAGCCUCGAGCCCUGGAAGAGCCGCCAAAGCAAAUGCGACCUGGCCGCAGCGGUAAUGGAUCUCCCAAAAACCAGACCGCCCUGGUAGCGCCCACGACGGCUCCUCUCUACGUUACCUUGGGUGUGGGUUUCCAAAAUUACACCUGCAACCCUUCUACGUCGACCUACAGGUAACUUUCCUGCCCUCACUUCAGAGCCUGUUGUUGAACUCUCCAGCUCUAUCGGCGCGGUUGCAUCGCUGUUUGACAUCGCAUGCAUGGACAAAACACCCGCAUUCGCGACCAUCCAGCAAACCGCUUUCGAUAGCUGGAGCCGCGCGGCGCCGGCGAUUGAGGCGAGCGACAUUGGCGCCGAGAUUGGCACUGGUGCACUGCUCGGGUCGCACUACUUCGUGCGCUCACCCACCGGCACCGGCAUCUCCCCCGAGUGGGACUUCUCCGUCCCGCAACACAACCCAUCUGCCAUCGUAAUCGGGGCCAAAGUUGGAGACAUCCUUGCUCCGAGCAACGCGGCAACAAAUGUCGAUUGGCUCGCUCUGAAUGGUGUACAAGGCUCGCUCGCGUCCAAGAUUUUCCGGAUUGACACAGUUGGUGGUCAACCUCCCACUUCCUGCACUCCUGGUUCAGCCAACAUCUCGGUCAGGUACACGGCGAAGUACUUCCUAUACUGAGAGGCAUCCCAUGUUGAUAGAAUCUAAUCUCCUGAUCUGAUUUAUCUACAACCAAUCACAACUUGCUUUGACCUUUCACGA